ACAUCACCAAGGUAGCAGAGACAUGCAUAAAUACCCAGGUAACAGAUGAGGGUUUUGAGGGCUCACCUUCAGCAUCUACUGCUCAGAAGAUUGCUACCACAACCAAGCCCCACUAACACAAUCAUGAAGUGUGCAGGCUUUCUGCUGUUCACCCUGAUGGUGGCGUUCUUGUUUUCAGAUGUUGCUGCUAAAAUAAAAGAUCUAGACGAUUAUUGUCAGGGGUACCCAAGCGAUAUAUGCACCCUGGAGUACGAGCCUCACUGUGGUUCCAACGGCCACACUUAUGGCAACAGGUGUGGUUUCUGCAAUGCAUAUGUGAAAAUGGGUAAAAGCCUUCAGCUGCUGUAUAUGGGGAAAUGCAAGUGACGUGAAAAUGCAGAAGACUAAAGAACAUUUACUAUUAAAAAAAUGAAAUGUUUCAUACUUUGCUCAUAGCAUCUCUAUAGUAACAUUUAUUCUGCUUCUGCUCUGUUGCUCAAUAAAAAUUUGCAAUG